AUUUUAAAGCUUUAGAGAGAAAGAGAGAGAGAGUCAACAUCGAGUAAAUAAGCAAAAUCUUUUUUUUAAUACAAGUAAUUUUCAUCCUUCUCUUCAUCAUCAACACACAAGUUCUACUAUUUAGUACUCACUCUGUCUUUUUUUUUCAUCUUCUUUCCUUCGUCUUCAUUCUCUCAUUAUCAUCAACAACCUCACCAUUAUAUUUUACUACAACAUCUCUACUACAACAACAAACAUCAGUUUUCUUCUUCUCUGUUCUUCAAGUCAAAAUCCGGGUUUUUCUACGAAGGAAAACAUUACAUUUUCAGAGAAGGAUAUUUUUCUCUUUCUCUCUCUCUCUUGUUCGAAAUUAUCUUUAAUACAUAUUUUCUUCUAUUUUGGAGAAGAAAUAAAAUUCAUUCUUUUUUUCCUUUUGAUAUUUUAUUUGUGUACCAAAUUAUCAACAAUCAAAACAUCAACUAUAAUUGUGUCUGUCUCCCUCUCUUCUGAUCGUGUGUGUUGAAUCUAAAAAGAAUAGAAUUUGGAUUUCAAUUCUUAUUCUCUCUUCAAUCAUUCACUUCUCUUACCAUUGAGAGUCAAAAGGAAAAUAUAUAUUAACCUCUAUCAUUUUCAAUUUCUCUCUCUCUCUCUAUCUUCACUGUUUAAUUACUGUUUAAAUUAUUGUUUUUAUUAUAAAUUUUCAUCAUCACCAUCAUUCAUCUGAUACAAUAAUUAUUAAUCGUUUUUCGAUAUAAUUGGUUGAAUACAACUUACUCUUAUUUCCAUUAUCAAGCGAAAAACAUUUAUAUUAUCAAAACAUCUUAUUCUCCUUGUGUGUUUGCUGAUAUUCUUGCCUUAAUAUGAUGUUUUAUAUUAUUCACUGUGUUCAUACUCCUUGGAUAAGUUUUCUACAUUAAAGAAAAAAAAACGAGGUCGGUUCAGUGAACCAUUUGGAUUAAUUGGAUUAUCUCUCUUUUCAUUUAUCUUCUCUGUUUUAUUAUUUAUUCUCUUCUAAUUCUUCAUCAUUGAAAAAUUCAACAUUUUCACUCAUCAACUAAAACGUAAUCAUCAUCAUCAUCACCAUCAUCUCUCUAACUAUUAUUUAAUCCUUCAUCAAACGUCAUCAUCAUCAUCGAACUAAAAAAUCAACAACAUUCUCUCAACAUUGAUAACUCAGUGAACUAUUAAUUAUAACCAUCGAUCGCUAUCCCGUUUUCCUUCACAUCUUUAUCAACUUUUUACUAUUUAAUCUCUCUUCUUGUUUUCUCAUCUAUUCAUCAUUAAUAACCACAAUUUCAAAUCUUUAAUCACAAUGGAUCCUCACCAUGAACCAUUUGAAAAAUCUUACAAAGUCGGUCCACUUUUGGGUAAAGGAGGUUUUGGUACCGUUUUUGCCGCGUUAAGGGCUCGUGAUGGUCUUCCUGUAGCUGUAAAGCAUAUAUUUAAAGAGAAAAUUGUCGGCUGGGAUAAUAGUGGACCAAAUAGAAUUCCUAUGGAAAUAAGUUUGCUUAAAAAGGUUAACCAUCUAAGUGGAGUGAUUCGUAUAAUUGACUUUUAUGAAAGAUCAGAUUCUUUUAUCAUAAUCAUGGAAAGACCAGAAUCAGCAAUGGAUUUAUUUGACUUUAUAAGUGAAAAGGGUGUACUUGAUGAGAAAUUGUCCCGUGUAUUUUUCCACCAAGUAGUUGAAACAGUUAUCUCAUGCCAUAAGGCUGGAGUAAUUCACCGUGACAUCAAAGAUGAAAAUAUUCUCGUCGAUUUGGACACUUUAAAACUUAAAUUAAUCGAUUUUGGUUCAGGUGCACACAUGAAGGAAGGUUAUUAUACCGAUUUUGAGGGUACCCGAGUUUACAGUCCACCCGAAUGGAUUAAAUCAAAUAAAUAUAAGGGUAAAUCAGCAACCGUCUGGUCCCUUGGAGUACUUUUAUAUGAUAUGGUGUGUGGUGACAUUCCCUUUGAAAAAGAUGAACAAAUUUUAAAAGGUGAAAUAAGGUUUCCCCGACGUUUAUCCCGUGAAUGCCAGGAUUUAAUUAUAAGGUGUUUAUCCAAAACUCCAAUGUACCGUCCAUCCUUAGACGAGAUUUUAAAGCAUCCCUGGAUGAGUGUAGACCUUGACGGUUGCACCACCGUGUCCACAACAAUUCCAGUAACUGGUGGUAACACAAGGCGUUCCCAAGUACUGACAACAACGAUAGACGAUUCAGACUCAACAAGCGGAGAAUCACCACCAAGUAGUCAAUGUAGUAUUUGACCACGCUUAUUGUUGUAGAUACCUCACCCUUAAAUCUUUAAAUUGUACCUUAUUAAUUUAUCGCAUUUGUACAAAGUCUCUCUCUCUUUCUGCUCUUUCUCUCCAUCUCCCUUUCUUUAUCUUUCUCAUUUGAAAAAGCAAGAAAACAUCUCUUCCAUUUUUCAUCUUCACCAAAAAAUCAACUCAUACCACACACAUACUACAUCCAACACCUUACAUUGUAAAUACACACACAUACACACCACAAUACACAUCUACAUCAACAUCCACACACACACACACACACACACAUACAACAUAAAUCACAUUUCACAUU